UUGAUCAGUUCUCCAGCAGGCCCAUCUGACAGCAGUCAGAUUCAGUCUGGAUAUGGCGUCGCUGCAACGACACGGGAUGAAUGUGCACCGCUCCGUGGGAAUUUGUCAGUCGCGUACCGGGACGACACUUCUUGUUUUUUGUCGCUUUUAAUAGGGAUUAUUCAUGGCGAUGGAGGACGAGGAUAAUAAUUCAGCGGUCGUGGCGACUAACACCCAAACAGGCAUCAAGAAAGGAGGUGAUGUCGGAGAUAACGGGGCUUGCAUUGACAGGCAGCCGGACACGGUGCUCCACCGAGCGGGGCUGAAUCAGACUGCAGGUCGCGGCAGCCGCAGUGGUCCCGGAGCUCAUGCUGCGACGGGGAUCCGGGUGCUAAAGCGCAACAUGAAGCGGAAUGGGAGUCGUGGCUGUGUGACGAGAAAGACCAGAUUUGGAUCAAGAGAGCGAGACUGGCUGAAGGGGGACACCCAGCGGGGCUGUGUGUGUCUUUAUGGGGGGACAGUAGACCCCCAGCCACCUGCCUCUGGCCCACAGGCCCCCUCCACCCCUCAGACAGACCUGCAGCUGGUGCUCUGCUCCACCAGUACCACAGUGGAGGAGCUGUGUGCUCAGAGGGACGGACAGGGGCUCUACGUCCAGCUGCAUGGAGACCUAGUCAGGAGGCUGGACCCCUCUGAGCGUCCGCUCCAGAUGCUGUAUGACUACCUGGCAGCUAUGGGCUACGCAGAGCCUGGGCGAGUGCAGCAAGAAGCAGCUAACUCAGACCUCAGCUGUUUGAUCCGAUUCUACAGUGGUCUGCUGGAGGGAGCCCUGCCCUGCCUGGCCCGUCUGCUGGUGCUCCGAUCAGUAGCUGAGUGUCUUUCCAGCUAG